AUGGGCCAGGGCGACGAGAGCGACCGCAUUGUGAUCAACGUGGGAGGGACUAGGCACCAGACUUACCGCAGCACCCUGCGCACCCUGCCCGGCACGCGGCUGGCCUGGAUCGCUGAGCCCGAUGCCCACAGCCACUUUGACUAUGAUCCCCGCACGGAUGAGUUUUUCUUUGACCGGCACCCGGGCGUCUUCGCCCACAUCCUGAAUUACUACCGCACUGGCAAGCUGCACUGCCCCGCGGACGUGUGCGGGCCCUUGUAUGAGGAGGAGCUGGCCUUCUGGGGCAUCGAUGAGACCGAUGUGGAGCCCUGCUGUUGGAUGACCUACCGGCAGCACCGCGACGCCGAAGAGGCUCUGGACAGCUUUGGUGGGGCGCCCCUGGAUAGCAGUGCUGAGGACGGAGACAUAGAUGGCACUGGAGACUCUGGUGAUGGUGAAGAUGAGCUGGAGAUGACAAAACGCCUAGCACUAAGUGACUCCCCAGAUGGCAGGUCUGGGGGCUUCUGGAGACGGUGGCAACCCCGCAUCUGGGCACUCUUUGAGGAUCCCUACUCCUCCAGAUAUGCAAGGUAUGUGGCAUUUGCCUCCCUGUUCUUCAUUUUGGUCUCCAUUACCACCUUCUGCCUCGAGACCCACGAGAGAUUUAACCCCAUUGUGAACAAGACAGAAACUGAAUUCAUCGGGAAUGACACCCAGGUGCGGCACUACAGGGAAGCAGAGACGGAAGCCUUUCUCACCUACAUCGAAGGUGUCUGUGUGGUCUGGUUUACAUUUGAGUUCUUGAUGAGAGUCACUUUCUGCCCAAACAAGGUGGAAUUUAUCAAAAACUCUUUGAACAUCAUUGACUUUGUGGCCAUACUGCCUUUCUAUCUAGAGGUUGGACUCAGUGGCCUGUCUUCCAAAGCUGCUAAGGAUGUCCUGGGCUUCCUCCGCGUAGUCCGUUUCGUGCGAAUCCUGCGAAUUUUCAAGCUGACCCGCCACUUCGUCGGGUUGCGGGUCUUGGGACACACCCUCCGUGCCAGCACAAACGAAUUCUUGCUGCUCAUCAUAUUUUUGGCAUUGGGCGUCUUAAUCUUUGCCACGAUGAUCUAUUAUGCCGAGAGAAUAGGUGCUAAACCAAAUGACCCUAGUGCCAGUGAACACACACACUUUAAAAAUAUCCCCAUCGGCUUUUGGUGGGCUGUUGUCACCAUGACGACCCUGGGCUACGGAGACAUGUAUCCUCAGACUUGGUCAGGCAUGCUGGUGGGGGCCCUCUGCGCUCUCGCUGGUGUGCUGACCAUUGCCAUGCCUGUCCCUGUCAUUGUGAACAAUUUCGGAAUGUAUUACUCCUUAGCUAUGGCUAAGCAGAAGCUACCAAAGAAAAAAAAGAAGCAUAUCCCGAGGCCACCCCAGCUGGGAUCCCCCAAUUAUUGUAAAUCUGUCGUAAACUCUCCACACCACAGUACUCAGAGCGACACUUGCCCACUGGCCCAAGAAGAAAUUUUAGAAAUUAACAGAGCAGAUUCGAAACUGAAUGGUGAGGUGGCCAAGGCGGCGCUGGCAAAUGAAGACUGUCCCCACAUAGACCAGGCUAUUACGCCUGAUGAGGGCCUGCCCUUUACCCGCUCUGGCACUCGGGAGAGAUAUGGACCCUGCUUCCUCUUAUCAACCGGGGAAUAUCCCUGCCCGCCUGAUGGAGGAAUAAGAAAGGAUCUUUGCAAAGAAAGUCCAGUCAUUGCUAAAUAUAUGCCAACAGAGGCAGUCAGAGUGACCUGACAAGGCAAGAUGGAGAUGAACAUUGAUGGCUAAUAAACAUCUCUGUGGAACUGUGCAGGCAUAGAAGACCUUCUCAUUUGGACAAAGUUAACUCGCUCCAUGCAGGUUUUAUGGAUGAUUCUUCGUGGUUCUGGAGUUGUACUAGAGAUGCAGGCUUUUUCUACGGCCAAAAUGUAACAAAACUGUAGAAGAUCUCUUUUUUUUAAUUUUUCUUUUUUUUGUUCCAUAGCAUGACUUGCAUGAAGACAAAAAUUAAAAUGAAAAAAAAACAAAAAACAAAACAACAAAACAACACACACUCAAGAAACACUGCAAAUGUAUGAUUAAGGAGAAAAAAAGAAAAAAAAAGGCAAAGUUAUAUAUUUUCUUUCAAAGCUCUUUACUUUUACAUACAUUGUUGUAGCCAAAAUGUAAAGCAUUAUAAAACUGUACAUUUCUUUGCUAUGGAUUGCUUCUUUUUGUAUACAAGAUACAGAGUAAUGGUUUUAAAAAGUGCAAUCAGGCAGUCAUCGGUCAUAUUGACCACGCCUUCACAGUUCAUCACACCGACAUGGAAAUCAAGAACUUUUAAUCCAACUAGAAGUGUAUAAAAAUAAGAAAAACUUUUUCCUGUCUGUUUUU